AUGUGGAUUAGCGAGCGACGGAACCCGACGUGCGGAGAUCUGAAUAUUGUAAUGCGUGAUGCUCUCUUAUUUCCCCAAAAGCAUUUUCUACACUGGGUGGAAGCAAUGAGCCUACUAGGUUUGGUAUCAGGAGUAGCGGGAAUGCUUGACGUCCUGCAGACGGUAAUGCCAAGUGACCACCACCCCGCAAUAUCUGAUUUUCUCCAUGAUGCAAAGCGCUUUGUUCUUAAGAAUCGCCAGAUAGCCGACGAGGCACCGCUUCAGAUUUAUUGCGCAGGACUUAUAUUUGCACCCCAAUCGUCAAUAAUCCGUACCAAGUUCGAAGCAGAGAUUCCUACUUGGAUAUGCCAGUUACCACGAGUUAUGGAAAAAUGGAGCGCAGAGUUACAGGCACUUGAGGGCCAUUCGGGUUCGGUUCUCUCGGUGGCCUUCUCGCCUGACGGCCGGCUACUGGCGUCCGGAUCCGAUGACAAGACCGUGCGCUUGUGGGAUACGGCGACGAGCCUGCUCCAGCAGAUCCUCGAGAGCCAGUCGAGUUCGGUUUCCUCAGUGGCUUUCUCGCCCGACGGCCGCCUACUCGCGUCCGGCUCCGAUAAGACCAUACGCCUCUGGGACACGGCGACAGGCGCGCUCCAGAAGACCCUCGAGGGCCACUUGAGUUUUGUUCUCUUAGUGACCUUCUCACCCGACGGCCGGCUACUGGCGUCCGGCUCCGAUGACGAGACUGUUCGCCUUUGGGAUACGGCGACGGGCACGCUCCAGCGGACCCUCCAGGGCCACUCGGGUUUUGUUCACUCAGUGGCUUUCUCGCCCGAUGGCCGCCUACUCGCGUCCGGCUCCGAUAAGACCAUACGCCUCUGGGACACGGCGACGGGCACGCUCCAGCAGACCCUCCAGGGCCACUCGGGUUUUGUUCACUCAGUGGCCUUCUCUCCCGACGACCGGCUACUAGCGUCCGGCUCCAGUGACAAGACCAUUCGCCUCUGGGAUACGGCGGCGGGCACGCUCCAGCAGACCCUCGAGAGCCAUUCGAGUUGGGUCCGCUCGGUGGCCUUCUCGCCUGAUAGCCGGCUACUGGUGUCCAGCUCUAAUGAUGAGACCGUGUGCCUGUGGGACACGGUGACGGGCACGCUCCAGCAGACCCUCCAGGGCCACUCGGGUUUUGUUCACUCAGUGGCCUUCUCUCCCGACGGCCGGCUACUAGCGUCCGGCUCCAGUGACAAGACCAUUCGCCUCUGGGACACGGCGAUAUGCGCGCUCCAGCAGACCCUCGAGGACCACUCGAGUUCGGUUAGCUCGAUGGCCUUCUCGCCCGACGGCCGGCUACUGGCGUCCGGCUCCUAUAAGACCGUGCGCCUCUGGGAUACCGCGACGGGCGCGCUCCAGCAGACCCUCGACGGCCACUGGAGUUCUGUUCGCUCGAUGGCCUUCUCGCCCGACGGCCGGCUACUGGCGUCCGGCUCUAAUUAUGAUACCGUUCGUCUCUGGGACACGUCGACAGGCGCGCUCCAGCAGACCCUCGACGGCCACUGGAGUGUUGUUCGGUCGGUGGCCUUCUCACCCGACGGCCGGCUACUGGCGUCCGGCUCCGAUGACGAGACCGUUCGCCUAUGGGAUACGGCGACGGGCGCGCUCCAGCAGACCCUCGAGGGUCACUCGAGUUCGGUUCGCUCGGUAGCCUUCUCGCCCGACGGCCGCCUACUCGCGUCCGGCUCCGAUAAGACCAUGCGCUUCUGGGAUACAGUGACGGGUGUGCUCCAGAAGAUCCUCAAUGUUAACGGUUUGAUCGAUUCCCUUGAAUUCGCUCAGGGUGGUUCAUGUCUAAUCACCAACCUGGGCAUCUGGACGUCUUCAUCGAGCAAGGACAGUGGAUAA